AGGAGGCGUUAGUCAAAAGCACAGUUUCCAUUUUCUAAAAGGGAGUAUAUAGCUACUAUAGUGAACUAGAAGACUUCUGUUCUAGUUAACUAUAAUAGCUACAGUAUAUUCCUAGAUUACUACAGUAGUUUUCUAAUAUGAUAUAGGUGUUUUGUGGUACAACCACAGAACACCUACCAGUGGUACAGCCGUAGGUGUUCUGUGGUCAUAUGAAUCCAUCCAGCAGUCAGAGAACGCCGUGUUCUGUGACGCAGUCUGACGCAGUUUUGCCUUCCUUCAUGGUCUGACGCAGUUCUCGAAUUGUGAACGAAACUCGUAGGCGACGGUGGUCAUGGACGACCUUCCCGCAGACCACGACGUGAUCGUUGUGGGAACGGGUAUGCCGGAAUCCAUUGUAGCUGCCGCCGUGUCGAGAAUCGGACAGAGGGUUCUACACUUAGAUAAAGAAAGUCAUUAUGGUGGCCUUUGGGCGAGCUACAACUUGAGCAGCUUGCGGGAAUGGAUACAGAAUGAACCAGUGCCACCUGUAUCACUGGAGGACUAUCCACUGGGACCUGGUGAACGUUUAUUACUGACCGCUCAGAACCACUCUUCAGUUGUCAAUGCAAAAGAGAUAGUGAAUGUGCCUGAAAAGCUUGUGGACUGCUCCGCAAGUGAUCCUGGACCAGCGCUGGUGCAGCUGCAUAUUGUUGAGGACUCUGAUGAAGGACCAUCACAUGUUGCUUCAGCCGAGAGCACCACAGAUGAGCUGGCCACCAGCUGUCCAUGCCCUUUUAGUGCAGAAGACAGUGCCGGCCUAUUGAAUCAACGUGAUGGACCUGUGGAGAGUGAGGAUGCCAGCUCUGACUACCACAGUGUUGCAAGUGCUAGGAGCAGCUCUGUAGACGCUACUUACGGAAGUGUGACGCAGCACACUGAGAGCACGCUGGAUGGCCUGAAUGGAGAGCAGGUUGCAAGUGAAAAGGUUUCAGAGAAGGAGCCCAACAAGGUCAAGGAGUUGUGGUCCAUGGAGAAACUGCUGAAUGUCUCACGGAAGUUUAACCUAGACCUGGCUCCCAAGCUUCUGUUCAGCCGCGGCCCACUUGUAGAGCUGCUCAUCUCAUCGAACAUUGCCCGCUACACUGAAUUCAAGGCCCUGACACGCAUCCUGACCAUGCACAAUGGAAAACUACAGCAGGUUCCCUGCUCACGUGCCGACGUGUUCAGCUGCAAAAAUGUGACUGUGGUUGAGAAACGCAUGCUCAUGAAGUUCCUCACCUUCUGCAAAGAAUUUGAGCAGCACCCUGAAGAAUACAGAGGUUUUGAAGGCAGGCCCUUUUUGGAGUUUCUCCAGUCAAAGCAGCUGAGCAAAAAUGUUGAGCACUAUGUGCUUCAUGCUAUUGCCAUGGUGGAUGCAACCACACCAACACUGCAGGCGUUGAAAUCUGUUCAGAAGUUUCUGGAGUCACUGGGAAGAUACGGCAACAGCCCAUUUCUGGCUUCGUUGUAUGGAAGUGGAGAAUUGCCCCAGUGUUUCUGCAGGCUAUGUGCAGUUUAUGGAGGCAUCUAUCACCUGCAAAGGGGACCUGGUGCUCUUCUGCUGAAUGAAGAUGGUGCUUGCAUAGGAAUUGUGUCCAAUGGCAGGCGCUUCAACUGCAGAUGGGUUGUCAUGGGAGCAAGCUAUGCCCCACCUGAAAUGGUUUCAUCAAGGGACAUCCAAAGAGUGUCAAGAGCCAUCGUAAUAUCCGACGAGUCAAUUCACCCAGCAGAUAAAGAGCAGAUCACUCUUCUCAGACUUGAGCCAAGUAAGCAGCUGGCACAAUCUGUUCUGGUGCAAGAGCAGGGGCCCGGCAUGAUGGUCUGUCCACCUGGACUCUAUGUUGUUCACUUGACCUGCCCCAGUGUUCAGGAAACUGCCGAACAAGAUUUGGCGCCCACUGUCCAAAUGCUUUUUGACACGUCACGUGAAGGUGAAGACAAGUCUAAGCCAAAAGCAUUGUACAUACUGUACUUCAAUGUUGAAGAUACAACACAGGCACCUUUGAAUGAAAAUUGUCCACCCGGGCUCAUACUCGUCUCAUCUCCGGGCCCUUACUUGGACUACGAACACCCAGUCAUUGAGGCAAGGGAAGUUUUCCAUAGGAUGUAUCCCACUGAAGAGUUCCUGCCACGGGCACCUGAUCCAGAGGAGAUUCUCCUUGAGCAUGAAAACAAUCCUGGGGAUCAUGGGCCUCUUAAAGAGGACUCCGAGAAGGACCCACCCAACUGUGGCAAAGGCGACGAUGCCCCAAAUAGUGCUCUGCCUGCUGCCAUAUCCAACCCUGGUGCCACUUUGUCUGGAGAUUCAUGAGUGCUUUCAUCUUUGUUUCUUUUUUUGUAAAUAAAUAUAUGCUGCUAAGUUUA